AUGUCCCGGACUAAAGCAAUGAUUGGGGCCGCGGUGCUCGCAAGCCCACUGACCUUCAUCGCGCCUGCAGGCACUCCUCAAGCCGCACCCCGCGCUGCUCUCCCUGGCACCGGAACAGAGACCAGAAACACAAAGUCGGGUGUGGCUGGGCCUACUGCUGCUCUGGUGGCCACCGCUGGGCUUGCGGCCGCAGGUCGUCGGUGCUCGCGGCAGCAGCGUCGGGCCGAUGACGCCUACGGUGCUUCGCACACGUCCUUCUACACCGACGCCGUGGCAAAGGACAAGUACGACACCCUGGAGGAAGUUCUCGCCGAUAAGCUGAAAGACGAGAAACUGAAGGGCAUGGUGAACGAGUUGCUGGAUGCGUGCGUGAAGAUAACUGAGGCCUUGCGGGUGAACCUGGUCACCGUCAACGAUGCAUCCAAUGCUUUUGGUGACCGGCAGCUAACCGUAGAUGUCAUCGCAGACAACCUGCUCUGGGACCUGGCGAAGUCUUCCAAGUACGUCUAUGAGGCCUCCUCUGAGGAGGAGCCAGAGAUCGUGCAGACCAAUGGUGAUGGUCAGUACGUUCUGUGCUGGGAUCCAUUGGAUGGAAGCUCUAUUGUAGACAACAACUGGGCCGUCGGCACGAUUGUUGGGGUGUGGGACAAGUCAACUGGCCUCAUUGGAGCUACCGGCCGCGACCAGGUGAUGAGCCUUGUGGCCCUCUACGGUCCACGAACAACUGUUUUCAUCACGCUGGAUGAUGGCGUUUACGAGUUCACCCUGGGAGACGGCAACAAGUGGAUCUGCUCCCGCGACAAGAUCCAGAUCAAACCCGAGUGCAAGAUCUUUGCUCCCGCAAACAUGCGUGCGGCUCAGGAGGUGGACGGAUACAACAACUUGAUCAACCACUACAUGACCAACAAGUUCACAUUGCGCUACACUGGUGGUCUGGUACCCGACGUGUGCCAGCAGUUUACCAAGGGCCAGGGUGUGUUCACCAACCCAACCUCCAAGGCGUCCCCAGCGAAGCUGCGCUUGGCCUUUGAGGCGGCUCCCUUCGGCCGACUCGUGGAGAUGUCAGGCGGCAAGACCUCUGAUGGCGUCAGCGGCAAUAGUGUGCUGGACAUGAAGAUCACUGCCGUGGACCAGCGGACGGCUUUGGCCAUUGGAUCAGCUCAGGAGGUGCAGCGUUUCAACGAGAUGGUCCUGCAGAAGUGA